AUGGCGGCGGCGGCGGCUGCCGACCCCCGCCUCGUGCGCAAUACUUGCAUCCUAGCCCGCGUGGACCACGGCAAGACCUCCCUCGCGGACCACCUGGUGGCCUCCGGCGGCGAUGGGCUCCUCCACCCGAAGCUGGCCGGCAGCGCCAUGUUCAUGGACCACCUGCCGGAGGAGCAGCGGCGCGCCAUCACCAUGAAGUCCUCCUCGGUCGCGCUCCGGCACGCGCACCCCACGGGCGUCCACCGUGUGCACCUGAUCGACUCCCCGGGCCACGCCGACUUCUGCUCCGAGGUCUCCGCCGCGGCGCGCCUCUCGGACUCGGCGCUCACCGUCGUCGACGCCGCCAAGUGCGUCCGCGUCCAGACCCACGCCGCGCUGCGCCAGGCGUUCGUCGAGUGCCUGCGCCCCUGCCUCGUCCUCAACAAGCUCGACCGCCUCAUCACCGACCUCCUCCUCUCGCCCGAGGAAGCCUACGCGCUCCUCGGCCGCACCCUCGCCGAGGUCAACUCCAUCUACUCCGCGCUGCGCUCCGGGUCCUACUUCUCCUCCCUCCUCCAGGACGACGACGGCCGCCUCGCGGGCGGCGGCGGCGGCGGCGACGACGAGGACGAGGACGGGCACACCUUCCAUCCCCACAAGGGAAACGUCGUCUUCACCUGCGCACGCGACGGCUGGGGCUUCCGCAUCCACCGCUUGGCCGACCUGUACGCCCAGAAAACCGGCGCUAGCAAGGCCAGGCUUCUCAGGGGUUUCUGGGGCCCCUACUACAUCGACAAGGAGAAGAGCGGUUCUGCCUCUGACGGCAGCGCGGACCAGCAGCCGGCGUUCGUGCAGAACGUGCUCAAGCCACUGUGGAAGCUGUACCAGAGGGGCCUGAUGCCGAACAGCUCAGAGUGGAUGCACAACAACGUCGUGUCCGUCUUCAAUCAGGUGUCACCGCUGGAGCUGCACAGCAAGGAACCCAAGGUCUCGCUGCACGCCGUGCUGCGGGCGUGGCUGCCGCUCGCGGAGUCGGUCAUGGAGAUGCUCGUCGAGUGCACGCCCGACCCCGUCGCCGCCCAGGCGUUCAGAGUGCCAAGGCUUAUGCCUGAGAGGAGGGUUGCUGCCAGCGGUUGCGCCAGCAUUGUCACCGAGGCGGAGCAGGUGAGGAGCUGUGUGGCGGCCUGCAGCACAAGCAAAAGCGCGCCCGUGGUGGUGUUCGUGUCCAAGAUGUUUGCAGUUCCAUACUCGAUGCUGCCGUCCAAGGGGCUUAAUGGGGAGCACUUGAACCACAACCAUGGGCACAACGAGUUGGAGCCGGAUGAGGAGUGCUUCCUGGCGUUCGCGAGGGUCUUCAGCGGGGUGCUCCGUGCAGGGCAGAAGGUGUUCGUCCUGUCGCCGCUGUAUGAUCCGGUAAAAGGGGAUGACGCGUCGGGCAAGCAUGUGCAGGAGGUGGAGUUGCACUGCCUGUACGAGAUGCUUGGGCAGGACCUGCUGCCGGUUGACAGUGUGGCUGCCGGCAAUGUUGUUGCGAUUCAGGGCCUUGGCCAGCACGUGCUGAAGAGUGCAACGCUGUCGUCGACCAAGAAUUGCUGGCCAUUCUCGAGCAUGACGUCCCAGUUGUCGCCGAUGCUCAAGGUCGCAGUUGAGCCCUCCAAUCCUGCUGAUCUGGGAGACUUUCUGAAAGGACUGAAGCUUCUUAACCAGGCAGACCCGUUGGUUGUGUACACUGUCUCGCAGAGGGGCGAGCAUGUCCUUGCUGCAGCUGGCGAGGUGCAUUUGGAGCGCUGCAUCAAAGAUUUGCAGGAGAGGUUCGCCAACGUCCAGCUGGAGGUCUCAAAGCCAUUGGUAUCAUUCAAGGAGACCAUCCAAGGAGAGUGUGUUAGCUUAAUGGGAAGCAUGAAGGCUCAACAGGGGUUUGUUGAGAGGACCACUCCGAAUGGGAGAUUCACUGUGAGAGUUCAAGUCAUCAAUCUUCCCAAUGCACUGACCAAGGUCCUUGCGGAAAAUGAAGAAUUGCUUGGUCAAAUCAUUGAGGGGGAAAGUUCACAAUUUGCUCAGGAUGGUAGUAAUUCAACAGCAACGCUUAGGCAGCGUGUGAUCAGUGCCAUUGACAGUGAAGUGGAAGCGAUCUCUGAGCAAGUGGAAAAGGAGAAACUUGAGAGGUGUAGGAAAACAUUGCUGGGAUACCUUCAAAGAAUCAUGGCCCUAGGUCCUUCACAUGUUGGGCCAAACUUCCUUCUCUUGCCUGACUUGAAAUCAACUAGUGGUGUCACAGCAAGCCAAAAUGGAUGGGGAGGUAUUCUUGUGAGUAGUAGGUGUCAUGUCUCAGAGAGGUUGGGGUUUGUGAGUGCAUCUGAUGCAGAAACCAAAAAUCAUGUAAACAGUGAAACACAGGCAUCAACGUAUUCUCUUGAUUUUGAGGCACUAAGGAACAGCAUUGUCUCAGGUUUUCAGUUUGCCACAAAUGCAGGUCCCAUAUGUGAUGAACCUAUAAGGGGUGUGGCGUUCGUUGUUGAGUCCUACAUUUCUGUCAACAACUCUGAUGCUGUAGCUCCGAUGAAAUCUUCACUGCAAGUAAUUACUGUAGUGAAGGAAGCAUGCCGAGAAGCUGUUCUUCAGAGCAAGCCAAGGCUUGUGGAACCAAUCUACUUUUGUGAAUUGACCACACCGAUGGAGCAGGUACAUGCCGCAUUUUCUGUUCUGCGUGAUUGUCGAGCCAAGGUGCGUACAUCUUUGUUCACAGUGCAUGCUCACUUGCCAGUUGCCGAGAGCUCUGAGUUCGCUGAGAAACUUAGGAAGCGAACGUCAGGUGCAGCUAGUGCGAUUCUAGCUUUUAGCCACUGGGAAUCCAUCUCUCAGGACCCUUUCUUUACCCCGAAAACGCAGGAAGAGACUGAAGAAUUUGGUGAUCGCUCAAGCAUUGGGCCAAACUUGGCUAAGAAGCUCAUGAAUUCUGUGAGGCGAAGAAAGGGCCUACAUGUUGAAGAGAAAGUUGUGGAGCAUGGCACGAAACAGCGAACUCUUGCGAGGAAAGUGUAA